AAUCAAUCAAUCAAUCAAUCAAUCCAAUCCAAUCCACUCAUCGUGCCGUCUCACAUCAUCUCACCUUCAUUACUACCACUUUCAUUUCGAUUCAUUUCUGUCAACUACUACUACUAUACAGAAAUCAACACACAAUACUUUCCUUCCUUCCUUUUUUUUUUUUGAGUUUGAUUUCACCACUUUACAACCAUUUACAACCACAUCAAUCAAUCAAUCCAUCCAUCAUAGUCUUUCCUUAACCUCCCAUAUAACUCCAUAUAACCAAUGUCCCAUAUAAUACAUCGACAGUUAAGUCGUAUAGUAGGUCUAAUACUCCUCCUUUUUAAUAGCGUGGUUCUAGCUGCAAACUUUGAACCCAUUACAUUUCCAUCCAUAGAUUAUCCUGAAUUAGGAAAUCAACUAGGAAUAUUUGGUUCUUAUAAUGCCAUCUCAUUCUAUUCAUUCAUCAAUGCAUCUUCAUUUUUAACCCAAUCAUCAUCACCAUCAUCAAAUAAUAACUUGUUCUUAAGAGACACCACUAAUAAUAAUAAUAUCCAAUUAGCCAACUUAAAUGGCCAAAUAAAUCAAAUCUUAUCAUUAUCCCAAGAUACAAUCAUCCUUAAUGGUAAUUUCACAUCAUUCAAUAAUCAAAAUGUUUCAAGUCCAAUCAUUUACAACAUCACCUCAAAUUCAAUCGAAAAUAUAAUCUCUCCAUCAUCAUCAUCAUUAAAAAAGAGAGAUAUUCCUUCCUUCUCAAAUGGUACCGUUAAUACCAUGUAUGUAGAUAAUGAUUUAAUCUACUUGGGUGGGGAUUUUGAAUUCAAUGGUACUUAUGGUGCCGCCAUUUAUAAUCAAACUUCAAAACAAGUUUCUUCCUUACCUUUUCAAGGUUUUGGUCAACAUGCUAUAGUAAAUGCUAUAACUAAAGUAUUUUCAGGUAAUGAUCAAGAUGAUCAAGGUUCAAUCAUAUUCGGAGGUAAUUUUAAUACCUUAGGUUUACUGAAUCUUCUUAUUCAUAAUAUAACUACCAAUACUUCUCAACCUUCAUUCAAUGAAUCUCAAAAUGCAUCAUUAAUAAUGGCUGAACAAUUGAUUUCUUUAAAACAUGGGAUUUUCACCAAUGUUAAUGGAGCUCCAAAUCAAGAUGGUUCUUCAAUUAUUUGUCCAUCCAAUAAUCCAAGUUGGACUUUAAAUCCAGAUUCAGGUGGUCAAUGGUUAGUUGAACUUCCCGAUGAAAUGAAAGGUAUAACUCCAACUAAAGCAAGAUUAUAUAUUCCUCCUAGUGAUGAUGGAAUUCAAUUAUUCAGGAUUUAUUCUUAUCCAAAUAAUGGUAUUAUGAAUCUUACUUAUAUUGAUCCUUCAACUAAUCAAAUUGCAUUUUGUGAUGCUUGGUGUCCAUUACUUCAAUCAUCAGAAUUAAUUGAUUAUGCAAAUGCCAAUAAACAAAUCAAUACUACUAAUCAAACUGAUUCUCUUGGUUUUAUUGAUGAAAAUGGUUCAUUCAGUAUGUAUUAUGAUCCAACUACCAAAACUAAAACUUUAGGUUAUGGUGCUGGAUUUCAAGAAUUUGCUUUUGUUAAUGAAGUUGGUAUUAAUCAAAUUGGAGUUACCGCUACUGCAUGGUAUGGUUCAGAAGCUUUAUUUGGAGGAUUUGAAUUAUAUCAAAAUGCUAUUUAUGUUUAUGGUAAUGAUACUUUAAAUGAACCAAAUUGUGCUAAAGAUACUGAUACCAGUAGUUUUUCUGUUGUGAAUGCUGGUAAUUUUGAAUCUAUUAGAGCUUUGGAUGCCGCAGUUACUGUAACUGAUUAUUUAGUGGCACAAGGUACAGAUUCCAUGAUUACACUUUAUCCAAAUAUAUCAUAUUCAGGUAAUUAUUCUAUCAUCAUGACUACUCCAGGUUGUACUUAUGAUAAUUCAUGUGCUCAAAGAUCAAUUGUUAAUGUUACAGUAUUAGAUACUGAAGAUAAUGUUUUAACCACUAGUUUAAUCUUUCAAAAUAAUAAUAAUGAUAAAUUUGAUUAUUUAUUCUAUGGUCAUUUGAAUGGUACUUCAGAAUCAUCUGAUGGUGGACAAAAUAGAAUUGAAAUUUCAUUUCAUGAUACUAUUAUUGAAGGUACUUCAAAUCCAUGGGUGGUGGUUGAUAAAAUCGUGGCUGAUAUUGUUACCUUGGAUAAAUAUUUCGAUAUGAAUCUGACCAAUUCAACUUCUCAGAAUUAUUCCAUGUCACAUGAAUUAACUUAUCUUAAUUUGAAUGGAUUAUUUGAAUAUUCCCUUGCAAACUUUACAAAUUUUGAUGAAAGUUUAGUAUCAUCCUUAGGAAGUAAUAAUCAAACCAUCAUUAGUCUCAAUAAUACUUUUGUGGGUAAUUCUACUAUCAAUGUUUUAAGUUCUCAAUUAUCAGAUAAUUCAACUAUCAAUCAAUUCACUUUAAGUAAUUCAUCCAAUGCUGAAAGUUUAUUAUUAUUAGGAGAUUUCACAUCUAAUUCUCAUAAUUUAACCUUAAGUAAUUCAAACGUCAUAAAUCUUUCACUUGGUACUUAUAACACAACCGCAAAUGAAACAAAUGUAUCGUUGAUAAGUAGAAGUUUGUCAAAGAGAGAUGAUCUGUCAUCUAAUACAAUUUUUGGGGGAUUGUUUAAUAAUUCAAUUUCUAAAUUGGUUAAUUUUGAAAAUGGAAUCAUAUUAUUAGGUCAAUUUAACUUGGUAGGAUCUAAUUCUUCAGUAAAAUUAAAUGAUUUAUCAAAUAAUAAUAGUUCAACUACAUCCAUCAAUAAUUUCGCCUAUUAUUCAAAUAAUCAAUUCUUUGGGUUUGGUAAUCAAUUCAUAGAUCAAGAUUUUGAUCAAUUUUCAAAUUUAACUAUUAAUAAUGCUCAAUAUUUUAUCUUUUCAUCAUCCCAAAAUUCAAGUUUAUUUAAAACUUGGGAUAAUACUCAAUAUCAAUGGGUUAAUAAUUCGAAUUAUCAAUUGAAUAUUAAUCAAGCUAUUAAUGUCAAUCCAACUCAACAAAUCUUAGGUGGGGAAUCAUUUAAUAUUAUGGAUUGGUAUAAUGUUGAUCAAUCAUAUACCAAUAAUAGUGCUAAUUUCAGUUCCUAUAAUCUUGAUAUCAGUGGUGAAUCAUAUGAAAUUUCAGAAUCAUUUUACGUUAACAGUUCACUUAGUGUAAUUGGAGGUAAAUUCCUGACUCUGGGAGUUACAAAUAUUGCGUUCAUUAAUAAUUCAGCUACAAAUUCAUCUAUAUUAUCCGUAUUAGGUGGUGAUAUUACUUGGGGUAAUGAAACUGAAAUUGAAACACUUUAUGUCGAUAAUAGUGAUCAAUACUUAUUUAUCGGUACGAAUGGUCCGGUUGAAAUUAAUAACUCGAACGUUACCGGUGUAGCAAUCUAUGAUUUACAAAAUAAUACUUUCACAAGUUUCCAACCUGCUCAAUUAUCAAAUGAGGAUGGAUCAACUAUCGAAGUUAAUGCUAUUGCGUUAUAUGAUCAAGGUUCAAAACUUUUAGUGGGUGGAAAAUUCACUCAAGCUGGUUCGUUAAAUUGUGCCGGAUUAUGUGUUUACGAUUUAGUUAACACGAGAUGGCUUAAUCCUCAAAGUGAUAUUAGUAAUACCACUGUUUCUGGUACUGUUAGUGAUAUUAAAUUCGUUCAAUCAAAUGAAGUUUUAAUUAGUGGGAACUUAACUGUCAAUAAUAUGAAUGUUAAUUUCAUUACUUAUGAUUUUGUUAAUACUAUUUUCAAUACUAAAGCUUCCUUAAAUCAAUUAGGUUCAAAUAAAGUGAUUAAGAAAUUCAUCUUGAAUGAUUAUGAUAAUACCAACUUGAAUGGAAGAUUAGUUGCUUAUGGAGAUGAUUUCAUCUCUGGAUUUGAUGGCUCAAAUUGGUAUUCAAUCGAUGAUGAAAUUGAAUAUGAUAAUAUUACUACCUUCAAUGAUUUAAAAUUAUUUGAUUUAUCUCAAAAGACAAAUUAUAAUCAAACUUUAUUUGAUAAUGAUAUGAUCUUAGCUCUUGCUGGUACGUUCACUCUUACAAAUUAUGGUACUGUUAAUCUUGCUUUAUUUAACGGUACAGAUUGGAUUCCAUUUGCAUUCACUUCAAAUUCCACAAAUCAAAUCGGUAGUAUCAAAUCCUUACUAAUCAAUGAUUCAUAUCGAUUCCAAUCAUCUGAUGAUAUCACCAAUUCAUCAAAACAUUUAUCAGCUGGUAAAGUAGUUGGUAUUUCCAUGGCAUGUGCCUUAGGUUCAACUUCAUUAAUGGGUCUAUUAUAUAUCAUUCCAUUCUACGCAUUGUUCAGAAAGAGACAAGGAAUUGAUAAUACAGAACGUAUUCAUGAAAAUGAUAUGAUUGAUGCUGUCAAUCCUCAACAUUUAUUACAUGAAAUGGAUCUUCAAAGAAAUACUUAAAAUUAAUUAAUGCAUUCUAUUUACUUCUUCUUAGCUAGAUUUUUA